GUAAAUACGAAAAGAUGGCGGAAAAUGUAUACAAACACAGCAAACACUUGUUUACAAGAGAAAAUGAACCAAUUAUAUUUUUUUUGAGACCUUGCACAGAUAAAUCUAAAAUCAAUCCAUUAGUUGAGUAUGGUGGAGGAAAGGUCCUUUCUAAAUUUGUCACUGGGGCUAUCAAAUUGGCUCAGGAUGGGGAUUAUGUGUCCUCUGGAGAUUACAUAUCUACCAAAUAUGUAUUGGAUUGUGUGAAAAAUAAUCAUCUUAUGGAAACAGAGAAAUACAAAAUGAAAAGACAGGGAAGCAAAAAGUUCAGUGUGGACAAUGCUGAAGAGUUGAGUAAUGUCAGUGAUGAUUUGAGUCCCUCCAGUUCUGUUUAUAUAGAAGCCAAAGAUGUCAAAGGAAGAACUAAAUACACAGAUGAAGAAGAUGUAGCAAUGUUGAAUUACAUUGUAACGGAGCAACGUCAGAAGGGUAUACAUGGAAUUCAACUGUAUAAAGACAUGCAAAUCUUAAAGAUUACAAAGCAUUCAGCACCUUCAAUGAAUUGUAGGAUGAGAAAAUGUAUUCUACCAAACAUCAACAAAUACAAUAUCCCAAAGAAAUGGAAAAGCAUAUUUUCAGAAAAGGUUUCACCAAGAAAAGAUAACACAUUAACAUCAGAGCAGACUAUAAAAAUCAAGGAAAAAAAACCAAAUGGGAAGACCAAAAUAAAACGAUCAAAUGAUUCAUCUGUAGAGAUUGAUUCCUUUAUAUCAGAAGAUGACUUUGAUCAACAGUUAAAAAGUAUCUGCAAAGGCACAGUCAAUUCAACACCAAGCAAAGAGCUAAAGGUGGAUUUAUCAAAGUCCAUUGUUACAUCAGACAAUAAACAGGUAGUAACUAAUACAAGAGAGAUAAUUGUGGAUUGUAAUAGAAACAACGCAAAUGAUGCUAUGUCAGAUGAUUGUUCUGAUGAUGAAUUAGAUGCUAGUUUAAUUAGAUAUCAAAAUGUUGAAGAGGAAAGUCCAUCAACAAAUAGGAAUAGAAAUUCAAGGAAAAGAUUACAAAAGAAAACUGAUGACACACAAAAUAAAAAGACUGAACAGACAAGGCAGUCUAAAAGAAAUAAAAAGAGUCGCACAAGAUACAUCCUUGAUGAGGAGGAUAACACAGAAGACACAUCUGAUGAUGAGGUAAAGAUAAAUGAAGUUACUAAUGAUAUACAGAACAAAUUAAAGAUAUUCGGCGAGACAUAUGGUUUAUUACAAGAAGAAGUGUUAUAUCUGCUGCAACAACAUGAUGGCUGUGUACAGGAAACCAUUCGAUUUAUAGAAUCAGGAAAAAGUAAACUUACAUGGGAAUUGGAUGAUGAUAAACAUGUAGAAAAUAACAGUAAAAUGGACAAACUGACUACAAAAUAUGGUGAAUCAAGAGUUAGAUUAAGAGCAGCUUUUCUCGAGGGUCUUUAAUGUUCCUGUAAUAAGGAGAAUGAUUUUAUUGAAUCCAGAACUCUCCAUAGAGUAUAAUUUCUACAGAGAUUUUGAAAUUUAAAUUCUCUUAUAAUAAGUCAGAUGAAUUGAUUUUAGUUUUCAUAUUGAAAUGAGCUAGUAUUCCUUUAAAUGUUUUAUGUUCUACUUCACUGAUCUAAAUAAAAAAAUGUAUUGGAAACGGGAGAUGUGGCAAUGUAAACAAUGAAUAAUUAAUUAAAUCAUAAAUAGUU